AUGGCCAAAACCGCCGCGCCAGCCGCCGAGGGCAUGGCCAACAAGCAGAAACUGAAGACGCUCCAGGUGGUGCAGAACUUCUUCACCAAGGUGCUGCAAGUGAUAGUUCAGUCCCGCUCGCUAGCGGAGCCCAAGACGCCCCAUGGCGACUCUGCGUCCAAAAUCAACAAGUGGUUCAAUUUGUACAUGGCCAGCUUGGACGACGAGGGCGUGCGUCACGAGCUUAGGGCCUGGAAGGCGCAUCUGGACCUCACGCUGUUCCCGCCAAUGAUCAUUGAAACGUGUCUAGAUCUUAGCCAGUUGAGCGCGCAUGAGCAUGUAGUGUUGGAGGACGACUCGAAAAGCGUGUGGCCGGUGCUGGAGGGCGAGCUCCGCGAAAUUGUGGUGGAACGGUGGCUCAUCAAGUUCGACUGCCAUUCCCAGCCAGCUGCCCAGAAUGCAGCAAACACAGACGAGCUUCCGCUCAUGUACAAACAGGCAAUCAUUUUGUUGCGUACCAUUUACUCUUUGGUGCGACUUUUGCCGUCUUUCAAGCUCCGCAAAUUGGUGUGCAAGCCUUCAAGCAAGAACUUGGCGCUAGUCAACCACUUUUUGGACGGAAGCCAGCCUGUCACGUCCAAAAACCGCAUUGGGCUCUCCAAGUCCAUUAUUCCACAGCAUCUUUUGGGCGAGUCCCAUCUCACGCAGCGCGACUUUGCGCCGAUCGUCACCUCGUUAGGCACCUUGAGCGUCUCCGUAGUGUAUCGUAAUCAUUACCUCUUCAGAGCUCAGGAUCAGGAGGAGCGUCUCUCAAGCCAAUUUGCUACAUCAGAUAAGGAGCUAGCUGAGAAUGCGCUCCAUCGCCUCAGUUUGGAUGAAACUGCCUUGGCGAAGACACAGUCGGUCUCUUCAACGCUAGGAAGCCGAGUGGUGAUUCCGUCGGCCCAACGCCAAGACAGUAAAACACCCUUCCGGGGCUCCUUUGAGCAGUUUCGAGAGAGAUUCCUGGUGCUGCCAUGCACCUCGGAUCACCUGGAACGAUUGCAAAUGUCUCCACCUCGUCCAGCAAACAUCCCAAAAAGCGUGGGGCAAGGCAGAAACAGCUUUCAGCCGUUCCGGGUUGGAUCAAUUGGUAGCUCGUCGCCUCCACAUCAAGGCAGCCACUCCCCUGCGCCAUCAAACCCACAUAGUAGCAUGGUGGAGCGCCGAGUGUCUAUCACAAGCAACAGAUCUGGAUCCAAUGCUUCGUUGAUUGCACUUUUGCGUAACCCAAGAGGCGGGACCUCUUCGUCGGCUGCUGCUACCAACAUGAAUGUAUCAGGAUCACAAAAUCACACUGCUUCGCUCGCGCGCUCUAUUGCAUCGUCGCAUGGGUCUCACUUAGCACAUGAGGAAGGGCCCGGCGAAAUUGUCGGCACGCCAAAGUUUCUGUCUUCCUUUGGAUCGCGUCAAAGCCGCCGCUUCAGCAGUACCUCUGGCAAGCUGGCAGGGGCCGGCCACCACAAUGAUUCAAACACUUCGUACAUGGGCACAAGCUUGGAUCUGGGAUCUUCUGUUGCCCCUUCAAGUGGUAUAUAUAUUGACGAUGACAUAAGCUCAUUUGUUAGAAUGAUUGACGGGAAGUCUGAGUUGAGAUUGAGCACCAGCUCAAACAACAGCGGAUCUCGAUCAAGUCCGCACAGUAACGAUCAGAGUUCGCACGCAGACGCGUUAAAUCGAUUCCACAUGCUCAAGAGCCAAUAUCAACAGCUUGGAGAUAGUGUGAAUGCCAGUCUAGUUCUUCAGAAACACUACUCUAGUCGAGAUAAUCAAAGCAUCGACAGUCGUUUGACUGGAAGUAAAUUGGCAAACUCUGGAAACCUCAGCAGUCCUCCACCGCCGACGAUCUCACCCUCAUCUCAUGACAACACUAAUUUGCCUUCAAUCUCCUCUCGAUUGACAGGCGCAGAUCACGAGGCUGGAUGUGGCAGUGGUGGCAGCAGCGGCAGUUACAGCAGCAAGAUGCCAGGAUCUGUAUCUCACAGGAGCCGGUCGGCUAGUUCAGAUAAAAAGGAUGUUAUUAGUGGCCCAGUUACCACGCGUCCCGGACAAGGCAUCCAUUAUCAUGAUGUCUUUGAGGACGAUGAUGAAAGCACCGAGUUCUAUUCUCGGAAUCGGCGAAAUAAGAGUUGUGACGGUAAUGAUAUUGACUACGAUAACGACGAUCUAUUGUUUGAGAUGACCGACACCAGAUGA